CUGAGUGGUAUCUGUGACUCAGAUACUCUGAACCUCGUGAAGCUGCCGACUCUGCGGCCAUGUGGAAAAACCAUGGCAGAAAACGCAGUUUGUACUGGGGCUGUCAGUGCUGUAAAAGAAGUUUGGGAAAAGAGAAUAAAGAAACAAGAUGAAGACCUGAAGCGAGACAAAGAAUUUAAACAGAAGCUAGUGCGGAUCUGGGAAGAGAGAGUUUGUUUAGCCAAACUAAGAGAAAAGGUCACCACAGAAGAUGGGAGAGUUAUUUUAAAGAUAGAAAAAGAAGAAUGGAAGACCCUUCCUUCUUCUCUACUGAAACUGAAUCAGCUACAGGAAUGGCAGCUUCAUAGAAUUGGUUUGUUGAAAAUUCCUGAAUUUAUUGGAAGAUUCCAGAAUCUGAUUGUUUUAAAUUUAUCUCGAAAUACAAUUUCAGAGAUACCUCGAGGAAUUGGACUUCUCACUAGACUUUUGGAAUUGAAUCUUAGCUACAACAAAAUUAAGACUGUCCCCCAGGAACUAAGCAACUGUGCCAGCUUGCAGAAACUAGAACUUGCUGUUAACAGAGAUAUCUGUGACCUUCCACAAGAGCUCAGCAAGCUGUUAAAUCUUACUCACCUUGAUUUGAGUAUGAACCAAUUCACUACGAUUCCUCCUGCGGUGUUGAAUAUGCCUGCCCUUGAGUGGCUUGAUAUGGGAAGCAACAGACUUGAACAACUUCCUGACACUAUAGAAAGGUAAAACAAAUAACUUUCUAUGCUACCAAAAACUGUCUGAUAAUCAGCUAUGG